AUGGCAAUUGCCUGCCUCUUGAGAUUUGUUCGUGAUCAUCCCUCUUACCAACCUAUGGUCAUAAAUAUCUGUUUCACCAUAUUCCGUUCCCUUGUAGUUAUGUUGAGAUCCACUGGACCACUUUCUGCGACGCAGAAGCUUGGACAACCUUCUUUAUUGUUUGCUGGUGUUGUGAUGGGUGAAGGAUGCUGCUCCUCCAGCACCAGUUUAAUACUCCUGCCACAUCUGUCGUUUAGUGUGGAUGAGAUCAGAAGUUCAGAGUCAGAAUGCUUCUUUUUCUCUUUUGGUCUCGACCGCUACAUAAUCAGAAGGAAUGAUCGUUCAGAGGUCAUUUGCUCUAUUAUCGAUGACCAUCUUGAUUCAGAACAUUUCGAGCAGUUCCAUCGGAUAAUGAUUAAGAUGAGAGUUUUUCUCAGCCAUGGAGAAUGGACAAGGAUGCAUAGGUUUCUCUCUGGGAAGAGUGUUGAAGAAAUUAAGAAAGAUGUGGCUCAAGAAAGAAACCAGGAACUUGCUGACCAGAAGGCUGCUGGAGAAAGACAUGAUGCUUUUGCAAGUUCUGCUGUGACAUCAUCUUUGUAAGUUAUUUUUGUUUUUUUUCUUUAACUGCUGACUUGAAGGUGAUAAAUGUAGAAUUGCAAAAAACCUCAAGUUCCGUGGCAGUGCGUAGGUGGUUGCAUAGUCAUAUGACAUGCAUAAUCUGUUAUACAUACUUAUGUUACUAUUUGUUAAUCCUAAUCAUAGAUAGUCAACUAUAAGUGGUGUGAUGAAAAUUAUAGAGAGCAAAUUUUGCCAAUGUUGUACCUAUGUAGCUGGCAAACACAGAAAAAAAAGAAAAAACUAUAGUUUGAACUUUUGGGUAUAUUACAAACUUUUUUUUUGUGUCCUACUUCUGUAGUCCUGGAGUUCUCUUAUUAUGUACAACCUUCAUUAUAUCCCGUGUAUCUUGUAAGUCUAACAUUCACGUCACUAUUGAUAUAUUAGAUUUUCAUUAUCUCAAGUGCUAUCCGAUCUCCAACUGUAUCUUACUGUACCUCAAAACUAUAUAUGUUUGUGGAGAGAAGGGAUUGUUAUCUGUAGUUUUGGCAAUGUGGAGAUCUCACUUAGAUGUAGUUUCAUGUCAAAUGUUAUGAUUUGAUUUCUUGAAAGGAUGGUGUCAACCUGAUUGAUGAGAAUUAGUUGACUUGAAGUAACCAUAGUGUUGAUGUACAUACAUACUUAUGGUACAUACUCUGUAACAAUUUAAGUUUUUGAGUUGGUGGUUUAACAUGCUGUCUGAGAAGGGUAAAUUACAUUGACACCCCUUGUAGAUUGGUCUAAUUACAAAGACACCUCCCUCAGUUUUCUAAAAUUACAUUGACACCGCCUGUCAGGUCUUGUCCGUUAACAAAUAUAAAAAAAAAUGCGACUUUAAUAAUUAUCCUUACCAUGCAUCAUUGUUUUACUUAUAAUCCUUUCAUAUAUUUAAAUACUAAUAAAUGAGUCAUUUUCGGGUUCAACCCAUCAAACUCGAAAUUGAUAUGAUCAGCUUGUUUAUCUAAUCAUGUGAAAUUUGCUCUAUCUUCUCGUUUGUAUGUUAACACGAACAAUACGAAA